AUGGGAGCGGGCAAGAGCAAGCCUAAGGAGCCGGGUCAGCGCUCACUGAGUCUGGAUGGAACCAUUGGAACAGGCUUGGACAGCAUGCACCACCACCUCAGCCCAGCCCAGCAGACCCAGACCCCCAACAGAAGUCCCGCCGUAGGGGGCACGAGGCGCGGCCACCACCCCGGGCAUGCCCCUACCAACACCCCUGAGCUGGCACUGUUCGGCGGGGUGGACCACACGGGCAGCAUCAUCUCUCCUCACAGAGGACCACUGGCAGGAGGUGUCACUACAUUUGUGGCGCUCUACGACUAUGAGUCACGGACUGCCUCGGACCUGACGUUCAAGAAAGGCGAGCGGCUGCAGAUCGUCAACAACACGGAAGGGGACUGGUGGCUCGCUCGGUCUCUGACCACUGGAGAAAGCGGUUAUAUCCCCAGCAACUACGUGGCCCCCUCUGACUCCAUCCAGGCAGAAGAGUGGUAUUUUGGGAAGAUAACUCGGCGCAACUCGGAGAGGCUCCUUCUGAGUUUACAGAACCGACGAGGAACCUUCCUGGUCCGAGAGAGCGAAACCACUAAAGGAGCCUAUUGCCUGUCCGUGUUGGACUAUGACAACACUAAAGGUCUCAACGUCAAACACUACAAGAUACGCAAGCUAGACAGCGGCGGUUUCUAUAUCACCUCACGCACCCAGUUCAGCAGUCUGCAGCAGCUGGUCUUCCACUAUCGCAAGCAUGCAGACGGGCUGUGCCACUGUCUGACGGAGGUGUGUCCCGUGCUGAAGCCUCAGACCCAGGGCCUGGCCCGCGAUGCCUGGGAAAUCCCACGGGAAUCGCUCCACCUCGACCUCAAACUGGGCCAGGGAUGUUUUGGAGAGGUCUGGAUGGGGAAGUGGAACGGUACAACGCGGGUGGCCAUCAAGACUCUGAAGACGGGCACCAUGUCCCCAGAGGCCUUCCUCCAGGAGGCGCAGGUCAUGAAGAAGCUGAGACACGAGAAACUGGUGCAGCUCUACGCUGUGGUGUCUGAGGAACCCAUCUACAUCGUCACUGAGUACAUGACCCAAGGUAGCCUGUUGGACUUCCUCAAAGGUGACACGGGCAAGCUGCUACGUCUACCCCAGCUAGUGGAUAUGGCAUCUCAGAUUGCAGCAGGGAUGGCAUACGUAGAGAGGAUGAACUACGUCCACAGAGACCUCAGGGCUGCCAACAUCCUCGUAGGAGACAACCUGGUGUGUAAAGUGGCCGACUUCGGCCUGGCCCGCCUCAUAGAGGACAACGAGUACACUGCCAGACAGGGAGCCAAGUUCCCCAUUAAGUGGACGGCGCCAGAGGCUGCCCUCUACGGCCGCUUCACCAUCAAAUCAGAUGUUUGGUCAUUUGGGGUCCUGCUCACUGAACUCGCCACCAAAGGCAGAGUACCAUAUCCAGGCAUGGUGAACCGGGAGGUGCUGGAGCAGGUGGAGCGCGGAUACCGGAUGCCCUGUCCCGGCGAGUGCCCGAGCUCAAUGCACGAGCUCAUGCUCACCUGCUGGAGGAAGGAUGCCGAGGAGAGGCCCACCUUCGAGUACCUCCAGGGCUUCCUGGAAGAUUACUUUACCUCCACCGAGCCCCAGUACCAGCCUGGGGAGAACCUAUAGGUCUCAGGGACAUCGGUCCCACCACGGGACCACAUGGGUGGACUUGCCCACCCCUGCUAACUUUAAACACUGAUCAAGGGACGGUUUUGCAUUAUUUCCUCCCUGUAAUGGACAAUGGUUAAGGAUGGUUUAGGAUUGGGGAGAGAUGAUGAGCUGAUCCUAGAUCUUUGGUUAUGAGUGGCUUCUUACAUGGAGCUUUUGGGGGAAGUGGGAAGCGUUGGUAAUAACUGAUCCCGAGACAGUUUUUGUGGGGACAUUCGUAGUGCUUGAGUGAAAGGUGCUGAUCCCAGAUAUGUGGGGGAAAGGUGUUGAGCAGCUGUAGUGUCCUAAGGAGAAGAGUGCAUUUGCCCCUUAAUUUAGCAUUUUCUCCACUAAUAGUUAAGGUUAGGAUUGGGGGAGAGGAAGCUCAUCCUAAAUCUGUAGCUAGGGGAAACUUCACCGCGGAGAAUCCAAAGGGAGGACGGAGGAUAAUGAGAUGACCAUUGUUUUGACCCUCCCUCUCUGUCCUAGUACCCUUCUUCUCAAAGGCUCUGUCCGGAUUCCUUCACACUUCUCCCAGAGUGUGCACUACCUGUCAAGCAUUGGCUAGACUAGAGGAAGUCUCCCCCAUUGUUGAAAUCUAUGAGUUUGGAGAAUCUAGAUGCAGCCAUAGCGCCACAGCAUCUGACCUCUCCACCUCCUCUUUUGCAGAGCACUGCCAACGUGGCAUACUGUAGGUGCCAUCUGUCUAUUGUCCCUCUCUCUUGUGUGAGCCAAAUGGCACCCUAUUCCUUAUACAGCGCACUACUCCUGAUCAGAGCCCUGUAGACCCUCGUCAAAAGUAGUACACUAGGGCUCUGGUACACUAGUACACUAGUAGGGAAUACGGUGCCAUUUAGGACUCAGCCUCUGUGUGUGUGUGUGUUUCGCUCUGUCUGUCCCUCUAUCUCGUUGUUUAUCUAUCUCUCUCUUCCCAUUUCCUCCUCUCUAUAUCUCUCCAGUAUUCUCAAGUGCUGCUUACUCCAGGUCAUCAGGUGUCUCCAAAACAAAUGUUUUUUAAAGGUUUUCCUUUGUUUUUCUUCUUUUUUGUUGUUUUUUACGGAUGCUACUUUCUUCCUGUGUCCAUGUCAAUAAAACUGUCAA